UUUUUUCCCCCCUUUCAGACAUUGGCAAAACAGCAAGAUGAAGUUUCAGGGGUUUUCCCUGUGUUUAAGAACCGCAAAACCCAUAAGCUGAAGAAGGGUGACAACAGUAACUGCUGUUUAAGUUUGUGUAGUAUCUUCAGUGUGCUGGGCACUCAACAGAACAUAUAAGUGUGCAGCACACUUCUUGCCCCAGGGGGGCUUGCAGUCUAGACUGGAUCAUCAAGGGAUUAUGUUUUGCAGCAAACGGAUACCUUCAAGAGAAAAAAGGCAUUGAAUGUCCCCCUGCCCCCUAGAUCGUACGCGAAAGAAGUUGGUAUUUUAUGCUGAAACAAAGCUGGAUUAAACAUGAGGCCAAAGACUUUUCCUGCCACCACUUACUCUGGGAACAGCCGUCAGAGAUUGCAGGAGAUUCGGGAAGGUUUGAAACAGCCCACCAAAUCUUCCAGUCAAGGAUUACCCAUUGGAUCGGGCAGCGAAAGUUCUCUGGAUCCUAAAGUCCUACUAGGGAAGGAUGGUGCCAGGCAGCAGCAGAUGAGACCAGGGGCCAAGUUCGGACCUUACCAGAAAGCUCUGCGAGAGAUCAGGUAUUCUUUGCUGCCCUUUGCUAAUGAGCUGGACACCACCUCUUCUGCUGUGGAAGUGAAUAGACAGAUGCUGCAGGAACUGGUCCACGCAGGAUGUGAUCAGGAGAUGGCGAUUAGAGCCCUCAAACAGACUGGCAGCAGAAGCAUAGAAGCAGCUUUGGAAUACAUUAGCAAGAUGGGAUACUUAGACCCUAGAAAUGAACAAAUAGUCCGUGUAAUCAAGCAGACUUCUCCUGGAAAAGGCAUGGUGCCAAACAAUGUCAGCCGUAGGCCAAGUUUCGAAGGAUCCAGCGAAUCUUUUCCGUCCUAUCACCAGAUCAGUAACCCAGGCUAUGAUGGGACAGGCUUCGGGGCAGAGGCUGCCAACAUGCUCAGUGAGGUUCCCAGGCCAUACAUGGACUACUUGCUUUCUGCUUCACAGUCUGCAAACAUGAACGCUCCUGUACAAAGACCACCUGGUGUUGGCUCCCACAACACACCUGGGAGUCACCAACAGAAAACAUACUCUGCAAACAUAGAUUCUCCAGUAAUCAGUUACCCAGUGGUUAGUCACAGCGGCCAAGCUUUGCAGCUCCAAAGUAACCAUGGCUCAAAUAGCCCGCAUUACAGCAGGCAGCCCAUAAUAGUGCAGGGGGAUGCUCUUGGGUAUGGCAUUCAGCGAAGUCAGUCUUUUCAGAACAAGCUGCAGCAGGAAGGAGGGUAUCCAAGCCUUCCAAAUAAAGGGACAGUGGUUCAGAAUAAUUCUGGCCAUGGGUUCCAGCAAGCAACAGCUGGUCUGUAUAUGCCACAUUCUCACCACAAGCAACCCAUCCAAGCUUCUCACCCAAUGCAUGUGAUCACUCGAGGUUCAGCAUUUACAAAUGAAUUUUCAGACAGCCCACCACAGGGUCUGCUGACCCCAUCUAGAAACAGCCUGAACAUGGACCUGUAUGACAUGAACAACACCCCCCAAGUUCAACAAUGGCAAGCAACCUCUUCCUCCUCCUCUUCCUCCUCAUCCCGCCGUGAUUCAUUACAGAACCAGGCACUGGAUGCAUCACCACGGCAGCAUGUGCCCUUCAGAACAGAUGCUUGCGUGCCGAGCCGAACCAAUUCCUUCAACAACCACCAACAGCAACAACAGAUACCGGUAUCCAUGAGGCAGACUCCUCCGGGCAAAAAUGACCCUUCCAUUAGUUCUCCAAACACCAUCACAGCAGUCACCUCUGCUCAUAUCCUCCAGCCAGUGAAAAGCACAAGAGUGAUGAGGCCUGAGCCACAGACUGCUGUGGGACCUGCUCAUCCUGGUUGGUUACCUGCACAGUCUUCUGCCGUGGAUGGCUUAGGAAUGAUUGAACAGCACCCCCUUCCUGUUGGAGGAGCUAACUCUUAUCCAUUGGAUGUUGAUUAUAGCAAUCAGGAGCUCAGGUGUCCACCACCGCCAUAUCCUAAACAUUUUCUACUGCCUAGUAAUUCUGAGCAGUUUGAUAUCAAUUGCUUACGUACAGGAAUUGAGCAGACAGUGAGAGGGGUCUCUAACUCACCAGGCAACAAAGUGGAGGAAAAUGGAGAAAGGAAUGAUAAAACCAAGAGCAUCAAAGUGGAAAAAUCCAGCAAGGAUAAAAAACAAAUUCAGACCUCACCAGUGCCAGUGCGAAAAGGUGGCAAAGAUGAAGAGAAAAGAGAGUCACGCAUUAAGAGUUACUCACCGUUUGCCUUUAAAUUCUAUAUGGAGCAGCAUGUGGAGAAUGUCAUCAAGACCUACCAGCAAAAAAUCAAUCGCCGGUUACAACUGGAGCAAGAAAUGGCAAAAGCUGGUCUUUCUGAAGCAGAGCAAGAACAAAUGAGGAAAAUCCUCUACCAAAAGGAGUCCAACUACAACAGGCUGAAGAGAGCCAAGAUGGACAAAUCAAUGUUCGUAAAAAUCAAGACUCUGGGGAUUGGGGCUUUUGGAGAAGUCUGCCUUGCCUGCAAAGUGGACACUAAUGCGCUGUAUGCCAUGAAAACCCUCAGGAAGAAGGAUGUGCUGAGUCGUAAUCAAGUGGCCCAUGUCAAGGCCGAGAGAGAUAUCCUUGCAGAGGCAGACAACGAAUGGGUGGUUAAGCUCUACUACUCCUUCCAAGACAAAGAUAACCUUUACUUUGUGAUGGACUACAUCCCUGGUGGAGACAUGAUGAGCUUGCUGAUACGGAUGGAAGUCUUUCCAGAAAAUUUAGCUCGAUUUUACAUUGCUGAACUCACUUUGGCCAUAGAGAGUGUGCACAAAAUGGGGUUUAUCCAUAGAGACAUCAAACCUGAUAAUAUCCUGAUUGAUCUGGAUGGGCACAUCAAACUGACAGAUUUUGGCCUCUGCACUGGAUUUAGAUGGACACACAACUCAAAAUACUAUCAGAAAGGGAGUCAUAUCAGGCAGGACAGCAUGGAGCCAAGCGAUCUCUGGGAUGAUGUGUCUAACUGUAGAUGUGGAGACAGGCUGAAGACCUUGGAGCAAAGAGCUAAGAAGCAACAUCAGAGAUGUUUAGCCCAUUCUUUAGUUGGCACUCCCAAUUACAUUGCGCCAGAAGUCCUGCUUCGUAAAGGAUACACUCAGCUUUGUGACUGGUGGAGUGUUGGUGUGAUUCUCUUUGAGAUGCUGGUAGGACAGCCUCCCUUUCUGGCUCCCUCACCCACAGAAACCCAGCUGAAGGUGAUCAACUGGGAGAACACCCUGCACAUUCCCUCCCAGGUCAAGCUAAGUCCUGAGGCAAGUGACCUUAUCGCAAAACUGUGUUGCUCAGCUGAAGAGAGGCUUGGAAGAAAUGGAGCUGAUGACAUUAAGGCUCACCUUUUCUUUGACUCCAUAGACUUCUCCACUGACUGUCGCAGGCAGCCAGCUCCCUACAUCCCAAAGAUUAGCCACCCAACGGAUACAUCCAAUUUUGAUCCAGUGGAAGAAGAUGGUCCUUGGAAUGAUGCUAGUGAGGACAGCACCAGAGCAUGGGACCUGCAAGCCUCUUCUAGCAGCAAACACACAGAACACGCCUUCUAUGAAUUCACUUUCCGAAGGUUCUUUGAUGACAAUGGAUACCCAUUUAGAUAUCCAAAGCCUUCUGGGCAGGAAGCAAACCAGUCUGAGAAUUCUGGUGUAGAAAGCAAAGAUGGGCUGGAUCAGACUGGAGCUUGUCAACCUGUAUAUGUGUAAAUUAUUGUACAGAGUUCUCACAGCAAAAAAAAGAAAAUACAAUUUUAGAGUCUUCCUUUAUAUAGCCUUUAAUUGCAAUGAAUUCUGUUUCAAGCCAAUAUGAGUCUGGAGAUUUAAGGACUCACAGACAAGGUCCUAAAUGGAAGCUGGUUCUGAUUUAGGCCGUUUAGCACUGUAAAUAGCUGUAUAGAUGAGUACACUUGAAAUCUGGAUCUUCAUCAUGAUUUCCAAGGCUGGAUUUCUUAGCAAAUUUUCUUUCCCUUCUGGAUCUGUGUUGCCCACUCUUGAGUAUUUACAGACUUCCACAGCGUCAUGCUAUUUUUUUUUCAAGUGAGCUAAGAGCACUUAUAUUUUGUUUAUAGCAGGGUUAUUUUUUCCUACUAAAUUAUAGGGAUUUUAAGUUUGACAAAUCAUGCUGCUGUUCUUCUUUUCUACAUUUUUUUAAAAUUAUCCAUCGCACUUAUGUCACAUUUUUUGGAGGAAAUGUGUAAGAUUGAAGAACGUGUGAUUCAAGGUCUCUGUGCAAUAAUGUUUAGUAAGAGAAGACAAAAAAGUCCACUGUCUAACGUCCUAAAUUUACUGGUGCCAUUUUUAUUCACACCAUAAUCUUUAUGUGUAUUUUUCCACAUUUAAAAAAAAAUUUUUUUUGAAGCUGCUUAUUCCCUUCCCUUUUUUUGAAAUUUAAUGUAAUCAAAGUGUGAGCAAGUGACAGGGUGUGAUUUCAGUGACUGGUGUGUGGAGAAUGUUGCAUGGGCUGGUUAGUUUGUUUUCCUGUUUGGAAUGACCUUUUUCUUGCCAUUCACAGGCAGGUCCUGUGUACCAGUUUCACUGAGGAUCUACAACUUAGGCCUUCAGAAUUUGUGUGCUGAUAAUGUAAUGCGUGGAUGGUUCCCCCCCCCCCCGCCAAAAAAAUUAUGAUUGUAUACCACCUUUCUGUGUUUUAUAAAACAAAUUACAAAGCAUUGAUUCUAGUUAGUGAUUGGCAGUAUGGAGAGGGAGGGGAAGUGGUUGAUAUAAUCAUCUUGCUUCAUAAAAGAUUUAUCCUCCCGAAGAAUGGGUAAAAUAGCAGAACAUUGUCUACCGGCUGUGUAAGAUGACCCACUCACUUAAUAGGUAGAUUUGAAUUCAGUAGCACCUUAGAGACUUAAUGAGAUUUUCAGGGUAUGAGCUUUCAAGAGUCAAAGCUGGCUCUUAGAACACAAACUGGGGGGCUUUGGCUCUCAAAAACUCACACCAAAAAAACCUUGUUGGUCUCUAAGGCGCUAUUGGACUCAAAUCUAACUGUUCUACUGCAAUUCAGCAUGGCAACCUUCUGAAAAAAAUCACUUAAUGUGAUGCACAACAUUCAGCAAUUUUUAAACUCACCAUGUAAUAUUCAUUAAUAUUCUCUGUAAGGGAAAACAUAUAGGUGAGAAUAUUCUCUGUGCCUUAAACUUGAUUCAAAAGCGUUCAGUUAGAUACUAACAGUUUUUUUCUGGUGGCACAAGACAGCAGAGGAGCCAUAUUGGUGUAGUGGUUAAGUGUGCAGACUCUUAUCUGGGAGAACCGGGUUUGAUUCCCCACUCCUCCACUUGCACCUGCUGGAAUGGCCUUGGGUCAGCCAUAGCUCUGGCAGAGGUUGUACUUGAAAGGGCAGCAGCUGUGUAAGAACUCUCUCAGCUCCACCUACCUCACAGGGUGUCUGUUGUAGGGAAAGAAGAUAAAGGAGAUUGUAAGCCACUCUGAGACUCUGAUUCAGAGAGAAGGGCAGGGUAUAAAUCUACAGUCUUCUUCUUCAUUGGAGCCCUGGGAAAGCUAUGCUGGGUCAUGGGGUCCAUAUCGACAAAUGUCAUCUAGGACAGGGCUGUGCUGUGGAGAGGGAAGUAUUGUGAGAUCACCCUUGUUCUCAUGGCAGCAGAAAAGGUCUUAGUAUCCAACCAAUUACUUUUGUUUUAUCCUUUAAAAUUGAUAGGACUCUUCAGAGCAGUAACAUUAAUGGUUAUUCAGUGACAGUAUCCUUUUCUCUCUGUAGCUAAACCAUCAAGAAGGGACAGAAUAUAACACCAUUAUUUUGGCAUAUCUAGUAGUUUCUUUGUGGUCAGCAUUAGUGUAGUGGUUAAGAAUGGCAGACUCUGAUCUGGAGAACUGGGUUUGAUUCCUCACUCCUCCACAUGAAGCCUGCUGGGUGACUUUGGGCCAGUCACAGUUCUCUCAGAAGUUUCUCAGCCCCACCUACCUCACAAGGUACUUGUUGUGGGGAGAGGAAAAGAAGGCAAUUGUAAGAUGCUUUGAUAGUCCUUAAGGUAGCAAAAACCAGGGUAUGAAAACCUACUCUUCUUCAUCACUACAGAGGUGUAGAUACUGCACACAUGGUCACAGCAUAGAGUAAAAUGGACAUUAUCAUCUGUUACGACAAUAUAACAGGCCUUAUAACACAGAUCUUUUCCUGAGAUACGUUGAUAAUCCUUGGUGAACAUCAUUUUGGGUCACUGUUCAGAGGCUGCUUGGAAAUGUGAAUUAUUCUAUUUGACAGCCCUGUCCUAACUGUGCCAACAGCAAGAGAAUAUCUUUUGGAUUUACAGCCUUAGUUGUUCAUGUGAAGCACCCUCAUUUUAAAAUGCUGGCCCUGACUACGCCUGGUCUGUUAUGUUGUGUUCAUCUGUUUAUGAUAGACCAUACUAAUCCUUCUUCUCUAUCAAAAUGCAAGCAUACUCUAAAAUAUUAAGAAACAAACUUUUAAAUACGCCUUUUUAUUAGCUAUGUUAAUGUGAGGAUUAUUCAAAGUGAUAAUGGAAUACUAAAGAUAAUUAAGCCAUACGUAUCUUCAUUUAUAUUCUAUAUUUAACUAGUGUUUAUUUUCAAAUCCUUAAUUCAGAUUAGUUUAACAGUCCUAUUUUAAAUGAUUGAUUGCAAUAACAUUUGAGGGAAAUAUUCCACUGUGGGGGUUUUUUUGUUUUUGCUUUUAAAGUUUUCUAAAUCUAAAGCUUCAUUUUCUUUCUUAUGUUAUUUCACAUAUUAUCCCUUAACAUUUUAGCCUAUCAUAUCCUACCCUUUGUCUAGAUACCUAAAGCCAACACCACCUGUAAAUCCAUCAGGCUAAACUAAACAAAAUGAUUGUGUAUUUGUUUACAUUUGUAUGAAAGGAGUGUUCUGAGGUAUGCAGUGCUUGUGUUGUGGCGAUCUAUGAAAGAUUCAGUAUUACUUCUUUUUUAUAUAAUAAUGCCAUGUUUUUGAUAUUUACAUCUAUCUGACAUUCUUUCAUGUGGUAGGUUCUUCCUCAGGAACUCAGUUUAACUGUUAUUUAUUUAUCAUUUGCCUUUCAAAAGCUUCUGCUGGCACAAUUUAUUAUUAAAAGAAA